AUGGCCUCCAACGACAACCCCGCCGCCUCAAUCAACCAGACCCUCCAGAACGCAGUCCCGGCCCAGCUCGGACACAAGGUACCACACAUCCCGGAGUCCAAGGAUGAGGCAAAGGCCGAAGCAAAGGCAGCCGCUUCCGCAGGGCUUGCCCAGCUGCGCUCCUUCGCCGCCGGUGGCUUCGGUGGCCUCUGCGCCGUCGUCGUCGGCCACCCCUUCGACCUUGUCAAGGUCCGCCUGCAGACCGCCGAGAAGGGCGUCUACUCCAGCGCCGUUGACGUCGUGCGCAAGAGUAUCGCAAGGGAUGGCCUGAGGAGAGGCCUCUACGCCGGCGUCAGCGCCCCACUCGUCGGCGUCACCCCCAUGUUCGCCGUGUCCUUCUGGGGCUACGACCUGGGCAAGACCAUCGUCCGCAACACAUCCGGCACCUCCGCCGACGGCACCUUCUCCAUCGCCCAGAUCUCCGCCGCCGGCUUCUUCUCCGCCAUCCCCAUGACCGCCAUCACCGCCCCCUUCGAGCGCGUCAAGGUCAUCCUGCAGGUCCAGGACCAGCGCCUCGCCCCCGGCGAGAAGCCGCGCUACAACGGCGGGCUGGACGUCGUGCGCCAGCUGUACCGCGAGGGCGGCGUGCGCUCCGUCUUCCGCGGCAGCGCCGCCACCCUCGCGCGCGACGGCCCCGGGAGCGCCGCCUACUUCGCCGCCUACGAGUACAUCAAGAGGCGCCUGACCCCCGUCGACCCGGCCACGGGCAAGCCCAGCGGCCAGCUCAGCCUCACCGCCGUCACCUGCGCCGGCGCCGCCGCGGGCGUCGCCAUGUGGAUCCCCGUCUUCCCCAUCGACACCGUCAAGUCGCGCCUGCAGACCUCCGAGGGCAACGUCACCGUCGGCGGCAUCAUCCGCGAGCUGUACGCCAAGGGCGGCGUCAGGUCCUUCUUCCCCGGCUUCGGCCCGGCGCUGGCGAGAGCUGUGCCGGCCAACGCCGCCACCUUCCUCGGGGUGGAGCUGGCACAUCAGGCUAUGAACAAGGCGUUUGGGUAA